CGUCACAACAUCUUCUUUCAGCCUUUUCGCAACGGAGGAGAAGCUUAAGGAGGUUGAGGUCUUCUUCAAGGCCAAUCCAGUUCCCGAGGCAAGCAUGGAAAUUUCUCGAACCAUGGAAACCAUCCGAUCUCGGGUCUUCUGGUGGAACCGUGCUCAAGGAGAAAUCAUUUCCUGGCUUCAGGGACACAGCUGAAGUACUAGCUGCAUUCAAGUGCGUGGUAAUUGCCUUUCAGGCUUCAGCCAUAUUCCUUCCUUAUAACAACAUCGUCGUUUUUCAAAUUUUCCGUCCGUGUAACAACACCGUCGCUUAGUUCCGUUUCUUCAUCUCAAGAUUCUCAACAGAUCAUUCUCAUAUAUCAUCUCUCUCUCUCUCAAUCUCUUUCUGCUCGUCAUGUUCUCCCUCUGCGACAUAGCAGCACAUGUUAUACCUUUUCGUCGAUUGUGCUGUGGUUUUAGACGUUGCGGGAGAGGGAAGGCUCGCAUAGUGGAUGUCUGGCGGUGAAAGUUGCAAGCAAAAAGUGAUAUGCUCCCUAGGGAAGGGUGCUAGACUUCUAACCAACCAUAUUCUAGCCACUGUUGUAUUCUUGACACAAAUUCUAGGAGAUUUUGUAAGGAGUAUACAUACCUAAGUCAACACAAACAUGUUUUUGAGAGAGAGAGAGAGAGAGAGAGAGAGAGAGGAAACAGAUAGAUACGACAGUGACACAAACACAAAGAGAAGUACCAACUUCUCUUUUAAGCAUGGUGUGUGAUAUUUUGUGCUUGAACAUUUGAUUUGCAGGAUGGAGGCAGUCACUGAGUGUAAUGAGCUGUCACACUAUGUCCUGACAGCAAUCGCUAGCAACCGAUUUGGUCGCGACAUCGGUUGGAAACUUCUUCAAGAGAACUGGCCUACUCUAUAUGAGCGCUUCCGCCAGUCACAGCUUGUGAUUCAGCGCGUCACAACAUCUUCUUUCAGCCUUUUCGCAACGGAGGAGAAGCUUAAGGAGGUUGAGGUCUUCUUCAAGGCCAAUCCAGUUCCCGAGGCAAGCAUGGAAAUUUCUCGAACCAUGGAAACCAUCCGAUCUCGGGUCUUCUGGUGGAACCGUGCUCAAGGAGAAAUCAUUUCCUGGCUUCAGGGACACAGCUGAAGUACUAGCUGCAUUCAAGUGCGUGGUAAUUGCCUUUCAGGCUUCAGCCAUAUUCCUUCCUUAUAACAACAUCGUCGUUUUUCAAAUUUUCCGUCCGUGUAACAACACCGUCGCUUAGUUCCGUUUCUUCAUCUCAAGAUUCUCAACAGAUCAUUCUCAUAUAUCAUCUCUCUCUCUCUCAAUCUCUUUCUGCUCGUCAUGUUCUCCCUCUGCGACAUAGCAGCACAUGUUAUACCUUUUCGUCGAUUGUGCUGUGGUUUUAGACGUUGCGGGAGAGGGAAGGCUCGCAUAGUGGAUGUCUGGCGGUGAAAGUUGCAAGCAAAAAGUGAUAUGCUCCCUAGGGAAGGGUGCUAGACUUCUAACCAACCAUAUUCUAGCCACUGUUGUAUUCUUGACACAAAUUCUAGGAGAUUUUGUAAGGAGUAUACAUACCUAAGUCAACACAAACAUGUUUUUGAGAGAGAGAGAGAGAGAGAGAGAGAGAGAGGAAACAGAUAGAUACGACAGUGACACAAACACAAAGAGAAGUACCAACUUCUCUUUUAAGCAUGGUGUGUGAUAUUUUGUGCUUGAACAUUUGAUUUGCAGGAUGGAGGCAGUCACUGAGUGUAAUGAGCUGUCACAGUGAGGGCUGGAUUCUAUACAUGAGAGAGAGAGAGGCUUGUGUGUGUGUGUGUGUGUGUGUGUGUGUGAGAGAGAGAGAGAGAGAGAGAGAGAGAGAGAGAGAGAG